UGGCGGGGCUGUCCCGGGGCCGCUCCGGGCGGGGCUGGGGGCGGAGCCUCACCCCCAGGCCACGCCCCGAACACGACACCCGGUGCGGGUGGGCGUGGCCACAGCGGAGGCGCGGCCAUAGCGUGUUCCUUCCCGCCCUCACGCGCUCUCCCUCCCGCGCGACGCCGCUGUCGCCGCUGUCGCCGCUGUCGCGAUGUGGCGCAGCGCCGGCCUUGCUGGCGACGCGCAGAAGGCUGAGACCAAAGAGGAAUUUGUAAAAGUUAGAAGGAGGGAUUUGGAAAGGCUGACAACAGAAGUUAUGCAACUGCGGGAUUUCUUACCCAAAAUAGUAAAUGGAGAUAUCUUGGGGACAUUCCAGAAGCUGGAUGCUAUUGAAUCAAACCUGGAGAAAAAGGAGGAGGAAAUAGAGCAGCUGAGAAUGGAUUGUGAACACUUCAGAGCCCGUCUGGAAACGGCCCAGGCAGAUUGCAUGAGAGAAAAGAAGGAGAAGCUGGACCUGCGGCAGCAGCUGAGCGAGGCCAAGCAGCAGCUCCUGCAGCAGGCAGAGUAUUGCACAGAGAUGGGAGCAGCCGUGUGCACCUUGCUCUGGGGGGUAUCCAGCAAUGAGGAGGCUGUGAAAUCCAUUCUAGGAGGAAGUAAAGCAGUAAAGUUUUUCACAAUCACUGCCCAGACCAUGGAGAGCUUUGUGAAGUCAUUAAGUGAAGACAUGAAACAGCAGGAUUUGGAUUCUGAGGAAAAUCAGUUUGUAUUAGCUUUGGCAGGGAUUGUAACAAAUGUGGCUGCACUGGCGUGUGGCCGUGAGUUCCUGGUCAGUUCCAGUCGGGAAUUACUGGACACGAUGAUGCAUCUCCUGGGAGACAUGAAGCCAGGACUCUGUAACAAAUUUAAAGUGCUGAUGCUAAUGUCACUUUACAAUGUGAGUAUCAACUUAAGAGGCUUGAAGUACAUCAGUGAAAGUCCAGGUUUUAUUCCCCUGCUUUGGUGGCUGUUGAAUGGUUUUUUCAGAAGGAUUCACUGAAGUGUUGCUGCCCUGGAAAUAGGACAUAAAGUCUUCCUGUCUGUGAGGCUGAGCUGCAGCAUUUCCCCAAGAGUUACAACUGCUCAUCACUCAAAGUUGCACCUGCAGGUACUGCUGGAGAUGAUGAUGGAAAGAGACUCCUUAGAGCCUUCAGCCUGGGUGUCAGCAAUAAGACUGGCUGUGCCAUGGGUGUGCAGCACUAAUCAUGGAGCUGUUAUUGAUUUGACAUGUUUAAAAUUGUCCAGCAUGCCCAACAGCUAGGAUUCUCGUUGCAUGGAAAAGGAGAAAAUGCACAUUGUUUUUUGGGUUUAGACAAUACCUGUGUCCUCAGAUUACAGCCCACCCUGCUGCUUUUCCAGGAGAAAGUAGAACUCCUUUCUUAAGAGGUUAACACCUGCUUAUUUCCAUUUAUGAUGGAAGAUGGGGGAAGAGAGAGAGACUGCCUGGCUUUCGGGUGUAGAUCAGAUGUCACAAUCUUUAUUAUUGUUCUUCAGCCUUGUGCUGCUGGAACUUACUUAAAAAUCCCCAUCUCAGCAGUGAGUUUCAUGCUGAAAUCCAGAGUCUUCUUUGGUGUCCAUCACAUCCUGUUCUCUGGCCCCCCUGAGUGCUUUCAGCGCUUAUGCUUUAAUGAAUAAUUCUCCUCAGUCCUUUUUCAGGUCACCAGUGUUACAUGUGAAAUAAGCCAGGAAAGGAAAGAACUUGCCUCAGCCCCACCAAAUGCCUCCUCCAAGCUCAGUGCACUCUGGCUCACCACUGCACUGGUUUUAUGCUCCUUCAGUGAGAUUUUGGUCUCUCUGGUGAUUUUGUGCUCAAAGUGAUCUGAAUUAAUUUUCUCAACCUUUCUGCACAACCCUUUUUCAAAAGCUUGCUGAAGACUAGGUAUGCUAAUGAAAAACACAUUAAAAAUGCAUGGCACGUGGGACAAAUAACUGCUUCAGCUAUAAAAAUAUAUUAGAUGUUUUCAUUUGGAAUAUGCAGAAUAGGGAAGUCUUUCUACCACAUGCUUUUGAUAAAGCUGUAAACCACUAAAUGCAAAUGGGCCGUUGCGAAUGAUUAAAAUGUAAUGCUCCUAAUGUUUCAGUAAUUAAAAAUGCAUUCUGUGUUCUUAGCAGUGGAGUUAUUACAUGUCUUCCUGGCUUAAGUCAGUCAAAGGUCUUUGCUGCAUUUCCCUGGCACAUUCCUGAGCAGCAGUGCUUCAAUACCCAUUUCAAUUUUGUGCAGACUGAAUUAAACACUUGGAAGGUUGAUACGUGGUUGCUAGAAAGUUUUAUAAAGAUUAAUAUUUUACUGAGCUUUGAGGAAAUCUGAAGCCUCAUAUAAAAAGAAAUUAAAGAAAAGCCUAAUGAUUUACUGCAGAUUUGAUUUGUUAGUCUGUUUUUAAGUCUGAAUAAUCAUGGGAUAUUGUUUGUUCAUGGCAGUUUGUUCUGCUCUUAAAUUGGAUUGCAUCCAACAGUACAUCCUGGGUACUGACUGGAUAAAUUCAGGGUGAUAAAUUCCCUGCUUCACAGCAGUUUCAACAUCUGGAAAAUAAGAGAAAGGUUCCUGGUUAUCUCUCCCUCGCAAACACUGCUGGGCAGAAGCUGCUGAGGGAGGACAAAAAUGUGAUUUUCAGGUACCUGCUAGAGCCAGCCAGCCACAGCCAACAGCACUGGGAAUUAGGACACUUCCGUUAUUCCCUGUCUGCCUGGUGGAUCCUUUCAGACUCGCUCCUAACAAGCACUGGGUGCUUUUCUUCCCU